AUGGUGCUGACGCCCACGCGGGCACCGACUCCUCCUUGCUUCGACACUUCGGAGGGAGCGGCUGGAAAAAGUAUCCUCGUAGAUCCGCCAGGCGCUGAUCCUUGCAACCUUACCAUUAGCUGCGAUAACUACACGGCGGUGGCGCUUCAGGACCCUGACACAUUUCUUACCGCCUGCGUGCAGCAUUCUCACCAUUAUGACGACACCGACUUCACCGCCGUGGACAUGUGCUGUGCGUGCGGGGGCGGUGCAGCAACGGUGCCUGCGCCAGCGCCAGCGAGUGCGACAGCACCAACGCCAGUGCCGACGCCUGCACCGACCCUGGCGCCAACCCCAGCGCCCACGCUGGCACAGACGCAGCCGCCGACGCCCAUGCCGACCCUGGCACCGACCCCGGGGCCAACCUUGGCGCCUACGCCAGCGCCAACACCCACGCCGACGCCUGCUCCGACUGGCGCCAACCCCAGCGCCUACGCUGGCGCCAACGCUGGCGCCGACGCCCGCGCCGACUCCAGCACCGACCCCGGCGCCAACCCUGGCGCCAACGCCGGCGCCGAGUCCCGCGCCGACGCCUGCGCCGACUCUGGCGCCUGCGCCAGCGCCUACGCCGGCGCCAACGCCAGCGCCUACGCUCGCGCCGACGACAGCGCCGAGCCUGGCAUCGCCACCUGCCGCGGGCGGGGGAGGCGGAGCUUCUGCCGUUGGCGAUCCCCACCUGCAAAACGUUCACGGCGAGCGGUUCGACCUGAUGAAGGCGGGCAAGCAUGUUCUGAUAAACAUCCCUCGUGGAAUGAGUGCUGA